CGUCUACCUGCCCACACAGAGCAGCUGCUGGUGAUUGUCUAUAUAUUCAAGAAUUAAGCUGCCAGACAAACAUUUUGCCACUCGCCCUGAUGAAGGCCCCUUAGGCUGAAACGCGUUGGCGUGGAUGUGUUUUUAAUAGAUUAGCCAUGAGUUAAUAAAGCUUUUUAUCUUCUAUCUUCUUCAGUGCCUCAGUCAUUUUUCAUUAGUUGAUUUUCUUUUUUUUCUUUUCAUUUUCAUGAAAACGUGAAAAAUGUUUUAAACAUGAAAGUAAAUCAAACUUUUUUUAUGACCCUCUGAGUAAAAGGGCUCAGACCAGGAAAUCUGCCAGCAGCCAAUCAGACGUCUCCGCUCGGCAUCCAGGUUUUGCUUCCUCCUCCCGCAGCUCCGCCCAGCCUGGUGAAUAAUUGACCAGCUCUGCAUGUUUUUCCAUCUCUCGUCUUUGCUGUGUCAGUCAUCAGUCGGCCUCCGUCCUGCUGCAGAUGAGCGAGCAGCUGGCAGCUUUUAUCCUCCAUCCUCGUCAUCCAGCCUGACGUGGAUCUGAGCCUUCUACCUCGUAUCGUUUUGGCUUCAGAGGAACUUGGAACGAAUCGGGACAUUUUUGAUCGAAAACGUGUAAAAAACCCGGCUGGGGCCAUGAAGGUUUCAGGGUUCCUCCUCCUGGUGCUCGUGGAGGUCUCCUCCGGCUCCACGUCCUGCGAUCCAGGCUGCGACUGUCGGGGAGAUCUGAAGUUUACCAUCUGUUCCCGGGCUCUCCUCAGCCAGCCUCCCAGCCAAGUCUCCGCCUUCACCGAACUCCUGGACCUGUCCGACAACCUCAUCUCCGUCAUCCCCCAACACGCCUUCAACAGCAACCGGAAGCUGCGCGUGCUGCUGCUGCAGAACAACAACAUCAGCCUGGUGGAGGACGGCAGCUUCGCUCAUCUGGAGUUCCUGCAGAAACUGGACCUGAGUUGGAACCGGAUCUCCGGCCUGACUGAAGGCUUCUCUGUAGGCCUGACCUACCUCCGGGAGCUGCAGCUGGCCCACAACCAGCUGGCCAGCCUGAACAGCCGGAGCUUUCUGCACCUGGACGGCCUCCAGAAGUUGAACCUCACCAGCAACAGCAUCCAAACCAUCCAUGUGAGGUCCUUCGCCUGCAUGAGCACCCUGCGGCAGCUGCACCUGCAGGACAACCAGCUGACGUCCUUACGGAGCGGAACUUUCUCCAUGCUGCGUGCCCUGGAGGUCCUCAACCUGGCCGGGAACCGCAUCAAGGAGAUGGACAUGGCCGUCUUCAAUCCGCUCACCAGCAUGAUGUUACUGGACCUGGCCCACAACCAGCUGUCCUCCGUCUGCUUCAAGACCUUCCUGAACAUCCACAGCUACAGCAGCCACAUCCUGCUGCAGGGAAAUCCCUGGAACUGCGACUGCGAGCUGCAGAGAGUUUUCCGGAAGCUGCGGAGCAUCCAGAGGCUCUUCCUGGACGACUACUACAACCUGACCUGCACGGAGCCGCCCGCCCUGCGGGACCACCCGCUGAUGGAGGUGGAGACCGAGCUGUGCAUCGCUGAGACCGUCACCGUUCUCAUCAUUACCGUCACCGUGGUGACCACCGUGCUGGCCGCCAUGCUGAUGGGGGAGAGGAAGAGGAAGAAGAGGAAGAAGGGGCUGCACUGGACGCAGCAGGGAGACUUUUCAGACGAGUCGGAUUUCUGAGACUCAUCAGUUUCUUUCCAGGCAACUGUUGCUGCUUUAAUCCCACAGCCUGGAGGGACAUUUCUAAUCCCAGAGUUCAUUUAGCGAAGGAUUUCCAACAUGUUUCACACCCAAAAGCUUCUUUUAAACAUCUGCUUUAGGGAGUUUUAACCGAUUUAAGACCUUGAAAAUAAUUAUUAACAGCUGUAGUUGGGCUGGGAAUGUUCUUCAUAUCCUUUCAGGUUUAGAAAACAUCACCUUUGUGUUAAUAUUCUUUAUAUUUACACAGAAAACCCUUCAUGGUACAAACAGCUGUAGGUGGACUGGAGGUCUAUGGCUCCCCCUGCAGGCCAGAAGCAGUCACUGCACUGUAAACCGUGGUCUUCACCAGACAGCUUCUUCCUGGUUGGACGUCUUUAUGAAGUCUUCCAGAACAGAGACAUAUAUACGUAGAUGCUGCAUCCUACGCUGCUGGCUGCUGGAGCGACGUGCCGAUUGGGCGGCCAUCUUGGUACAGUGCUGCUCGUCCAUUUAUGACAUCAUAAGAAUGAGUUGCGUCAACUGUUUAAAUUAUUACAAAUCAUUCAACUGUCAUCUUAUUCUUAAAACAUUUUAAGUACAGGGCUAAAUGUAGUAUAUUUAAAUACUUUAUGUCCUGGUGGAUAAAUUAAUUUGCAGUGAAAAAACCUUUACAACCCAAAACUACAUGAACUGACUGAACCAACUUUUUUGUUAGCAUUUUGGAUUUGUAGUAAAACAAACAUUUAAUUGCAUCAAAUAGUCCUGUACAAGGCCUAAAGGGUGAAGUUUUCAGUCGACAAAUUUUGCCUGGAAACUGAUCGAACUGAUGAUUAAAAACAGGAUGUAUUAAGUGAUUAAUGUUGUGUAAUACCACCUCCCUCAAUGGCGCCUGUCACUAGCCCUGUACCAAGCUGGCCGCUCUGCUGGGAGUCUCUUCCCCAGCUGCAGAGUCUUAAUGAGUGGCCUCCCCGGGACUCCAGGAGCUCACGUUGAAGGUAAAACUGAAAUAAAAAAGCUUCCUUUCUGAGAAGCUGUUAAAAUGUGUUCUGUGAAAUGAUUGAACUCGAGUCUGAUUGUCGGCCAUUUUGUAUGACCCUGAGAGAGAGAGAGUGUCACAAAACACGACAAACCUGCUGUUGGAAGUCAGGAAAAGAACAUUCUCACAUCUAAAUACUUUUUUAUGUCUGCUGUUUGAGGAUGAAGCUGAGACGUCUGUUUAAAUCUGCAGGACAAAACAUUGAGACGUAAAACAUGUUUUUAGAAUUUCACUAGUGAAUAUGAGAAAUUCAGAUGAGCUUGUUCUGUUUUUAUAAAUCUAUAUUAGUGAUGUGUUGCAUCCAUCUGUAACUGCACACAGUUUUCAUUACAGCAUUGUUUCUGAAAGGAUGGUGAAGC